UGGCGGUAAAUGCACCAGAAGUUGGUUUGCCAUCCGCCAUAAAACGUUAUUAGAAGAAGAAGUGAAGGCGCAAAAUCCCGUGUGCUAGCAUCAUUGGCUAGCAGUUGUGAAUUUACGGACAAAAUGGACUGGAAUCAGACCUGGUUGAGUCCAUUGGUUCGGGACACUGAGGUGACCCGUGCUGCCCGCAGAAAGAGUUCACACAAAAAAGGUGCAUUCCCACUGGCACAGGAUGAGACUCCUGGCACCAGCACUACCCCUGCUAGACCACUACUGCGCCAAACACCUGGAUCUCUCCUCAAACAAACUUUCACCCCAAGAAGUGCCCUCAGGAACCCAGAUGUGUCGGCCAUCCUCGGGACAGGAAGCAGAACUCCUCGUUUCUUUAACACACCCCGUACUAAAGGCAGUCUGAGCAUGAACUUGGAUGACAGUGAUUGGACGAACAGUCUUUACCCGUCUCCUCUGUCUGGACUGGUGGACACCAGCUUCACUGAGGAUGUCAGCAUGAGCGCUCUCAUGCUAAAGGAAGAUGAUCCCGGAGAGGCUGCUUCUCUUGGUUUGUUUCCUGAUUUUCUGCAGUCAUAUUUACGUCAUGCAUCCACAGAUGUGUUUGAUCUUUUAGAGGAGUAUGAGGCUCUCUGUCAAGAUAAGGUUAGUAUGUUGCAGAAAAUGGUUCUUCGAUCGGCCCCUGGUCAGCAGAAUUCCUCCAAGACAGUCAGCAUUACCUGGUUGCUGCAGCAAGAGAUGGUGACCUGGAGACUCAUCACUUCGCUGUACAGAGACAGAAUCCAUACAGUUUUAGAGGAAGACAUCAUGAUGGAUAUAACUAUGCCCACUGAGAGUGAGAAGGCAGUAAUGGAGCAGUUCUUCCAGAAGGGCAAUAUGGUGCGACAGAGCCAGCUGGUGGUGGAUUGGUUGGAGAGUAUCGCCAAAGAUGAGAUAGGAGACUUCUCUGAUAACAUUGAAUACUACGCCAAAUCUGUGUACUGGGAGAACACACUCCACACCCUGAAGCUGAGGAGGAAUCAAUCCAGUGGUGGUUUUAGCAGGCCACUGGUCACAGAACUGGAUCCCGAUGCUCCCAUCAGACAGAAGAGACCACUGGCAGACCUGGACAGAGAGGACGACACUCGCCUGCUCAAAAACCUCUUUAACCUCAUACGAGCUGGCAUGACUGAUGAGGCUCAGAGGCUGUGUAAGCGCUGUGGUCAGGCCUGGCGUGCUGCCACUCUGGAAGGCUGGAAACUGUAUCAUGACCCCAACAUCAACGGAGGUCGACACAACUUCUGUGAAUGUUUUGGUCAUUCUGAAAGAUUCUGCUUUGUUUUGCUGUAUCAGGAGCAGUUCAACAAAUAUGAAAGAGCCAUCUAUGCUGCACUGAGUGGAAACCUCAAACAGCUGUUACCCGUGUGUGAGUCGUGGGAGGACACGGUGUGGGCGUAUUUCCGGGUGAUGGUGGACACUCUGGUAGAGCAGGAAAUCUGUUCUUCUGGUCUAGGCAGUGAAGAGCUGGAGGAGCUGCCCAGAGAGUUCCUAGAGACCAAUUGGACAUUGGAGAAAGUCUUUGAAGAGCUUCAAGCAACAGAAUCCAAAAGGGUUCUGGAUGCAACUAAGGAACAUUACCAUUUGAUUCAGAAGCUUGUUAUUCUUGGAGAUCUUGAUGGUCUUCUGGAGGAGUUCAAUGAUUGGUUGGGAAGAAGUACAGCUUUGCCAGCUCAUCUGUUGCGCUUCAUGUCACAUUUAGUGUUGUUUUAUCGCAGUUUGGGCAUGCAACUCAAGGUGGAGGUGUGUGUAGAUGUCCUGAAAGCCUACACCUCACUGUUAGUAAAGGAAAAGCAGGUGGAUCUCAUUGCGUUUUAUGUCAGUCACCUUCCUGCUGACAUGGCCGUGUCACAAUACGCUCAGUUCCUGGAGGAAGUCACUGAGACUGAACAGCGCAAACACUGUCUGGGGCUGGCAACACAAGCAGGUUUGGACGUAGCGGCAAUCACAAAAACAGUAGUAGAGACCAUCAGAGAGAGAGACACAGAUGAGUUUGCCCACCAUGACCUGACCCCUGCACUAGAUACAGCAACUACCGUGGAGGAUCAGCAGAAGAUUGAUGUCAUUGACUGGCUUGUGUUUGAUCCCGCCCAGCGAGCUGAAGCCCUUAAACAGAGCAAUGCCAUCAUGAGGAAGUUCUUAGCAUCUAAGAAACAUGACGCUGCUAAGAUGGUCUUCGCCAAAGUGCCGGAAGAUUCUAUGCGGGAAAUCUACCGCCAGUGGGAGGAGCAGGGAAUGGACACGCCUCUUCCCGCAGAGGAGGAGAAUGCUAUUCGUGAGCAUCUGUGCAUCCGUGCGUAUCUGGAAGCUCAUGAAGCGUUUAAUGAGUGGUUCAAGCACAUGAACUGUCCUCCGGUGAAACCCACAGCACCUGCUCAAGCGAAGUUUACAGAGAAGGUGGCCCAUGAGAUGAAAGAAGCAGAGUACAAGAUAGAGUAUGAGAACUGGCAGGGCCGUCUGGGAGCGCUGACAGAGGAUGUGAAGGAGAGGAUCUAUAAUGUGCUGCUGUUUGUAGAUGGAGGCUGGAUGGUGGAUGUCAGAGAGGACACUGAGGAAGACUCUGAGCGCUCUCAUCAGAUGACUCUGCUGCGGCGUUUGUGUCUGCCCAUGAUGUCUUUCCUCCUGUUAACCGUACUGCAGCGCACUGAGCACCACCAGGAGAAUCUGCGUCUGGCUGACAUCAUCACGUCUGACCAACACAGACUCUAUGAGGUUUUCUCUAAAGACGAGCUGCAGAAGUUUCUCCAGAAGAUGAGGGAAUCCUCUCUACUCCUGCUGGAUAAAGGGCUGGAUCCGCUUGGAUAUGAGAUUCAGCCCUAGACACUGCUUGUUUCUCAUGCUGUUUAUGUCCUCAGAAAAAAAUAAAAGCUUUGUAAUUUUGUAUUUGAAUAAAGAUGAAUUGUUUUGAAUUUGGUGAAUUGUUCAAGUGGAGAGUCACACUAUUUCAUCUUUCUUCUUCAAGAGUAAUGCAUUUCUUUCCAUUUGUAUCAUUUAUUUUUUGUUCAGUCUAUAGAAUAGAAUAG